UCCGCGGCUACAAUCAUGGCGGCUUCCACGGCAGCCGGGAAACAGCGGAUUCCUAAAGUGGCCAAGGUGAAGAACAAAGCACCAGCAGAGGUGCAGAUAACCGCAGAGCAGCUCUUAAGGGAGGCUAAAGAAAGAGAGCUUGAGCUCCUCCCACCCCCGCCUCAGCAGAAGAUCACAGACGAGGAAGAACUAAACGAUUACAAACUACGGAAAAGGAAGACUUUCGAAGAUAAUAUAAGAAAAAACAGAACUGUGAUUAGCAACUGGAUCAAAUACGCACAAUGGGAGGAAAGUCUGAAGGAAAUUCAAAGGGCCCGAUCCAUAUACGAGCGUGCUUUAGAUGUCGACUACCGAAAUAUCACACUCUGGCUGAAAUAUGCAGAAAUGGAAAUGAAGAACCGCCAGGUCAACCAUGCCCGAAAUAUCUGGGACCGUGCCAUAACAACCCUGCCGCGAGUCAACCAGUUCUGGUACAAAUACACGUACAUGGAGGAGAUGCUGGGCAAUGUUGCCGGUGCUCGUCAGGUGUUUGAGCGCUGGAUGGAAUGGCAGCCUGAGGAGCAGGCCUGGCACUCCUACAUCAACUUCGAGCUGAGGUACAAAGAGGUGGAGCGGGCCCGCACCAUUUAUGAACGCUUUGUGCUUGUGCACCCUGCUGUGAAGAACUGGAUCAAGUACGCUCGAUUUGAAGAGAAGCAUGCUUAUUUUGCCCAUGCGCGGAAAGUCUACGAGAGAGCAGUUGAGUUUUUUGGGGAUGAGCAUAUGGACGAACACCUCUAUGUGGCCUUUGCUAAAUUUGAGGAAAAUCAAAAAGAAUUUGAAAGGGUACGAGUUAUCUACAAAUAUGCCCUGGAUAGGAUUUCCAAGCAAGAGGCCCAAGAGCUCUUUAAAAACUAUACCAUCUUUGAGAAGAAGUUUGGUGACCGGAGGGGUAUAGAAGACAUCAUCGUGAGCAAACGGAGAUUCCAGUAUGAAGAAGAAGUGAAGGCUAAUCCACACAAUUAUGAUGCAUGGUUUGAUUAUUUACGCUUGGUGGAAAGUGAUGCAGAAGCGGACACUGUGCGGGAAGUCUAUGAGCGAGCCAUUGCCAAUGUGCCACCCAUCCAGGAGAAGAGGCACUGGAAACGCUACAUCUACCUCUGGGUUAACUACGCACUCUAUGAAGAGCUGGAGGCCAAGGAUCCUGAGAGGACAAGACAGGUGUAUCAAGCAUCUUUGGAACUAAUUCCUCACAAAAAGUUCACGUUUGCCAAAAUGUGGUUAUAUUACGCACAGUUUGAAAUAAGACAGAAAAAUCUGCCAUUUGCCAGAAGAGCAUUGGGAACUUCCAUAGGCAAAUGUCCCAAGAACAAGUUAUUCAAAGGUUACAUAGAACUGGAACUGCAGCUUCGAGAAUUUGACAGAUGCAGGAAGCUUUACGAAAAGUUUUUGGAAUUUGGACCUGAAAAUUGUACCUCGUGGAUUAAGUUUGCAGAAUUAGAGACAAUCCUUGGUGAUAUUGAGAGAGCUCGGGCAAUCUAUGAAUUAGCCAUCAGCCAGCCACGCUUGGAUAUGCCAGAGGUACUUUGGAAAUCAUAUAUUGAUUUUGAGAUUGAGCAGGAAGAAACUGAGAGAACACGAAAUCUUUACCGACAGUUGCUUCAGCGAACACAGCACGUCAAGGUAUGGAUCAGUUUUGCUCAGUUUGAAUUAUCUUCUGGGAAAGAAGGAAGUGUGGCUAAAUGCAGACAAAUUUAUGAAGAAGCUAACAAAACCAUGAGAAACUGUGAAGAAAAAGAAGAGAGGCUUAUGUUGCUGGAAUCCUGGCGAAGUUUCGAAGAUGAAUUUGGAACAGUAUCAGACAAGGAGAGAGUAGACAAACUCAUGCCAGAAAAGGUCAAGAAGAGAAGAAAGGUCCAGGCUGACGAUGGGUCUGAUGCCGGAUGGGAAGAAUACUAUGACUACAUCUUUCCAGAGGAUGCUGCCAACCAGCCUAACCUCAAGCUGCUGGCGAUGGCCAAGCUUUGGAAGAAACAGCAACAGGAAAGAGAAGCUGCCGAACAGGAUCCAGAUAAGGACAUUGAUGAGAGUGAAUCCUCAUCUUUUUAAAUGUUAUAUUGCUUUGUAUAAAUUAACAGUUUAGAACUUUGACUUCUGGAUGUUUUUAUAUAUUUACCCAGUAAGGAGUUGUUUGACAUCUUUGAAUUAUUUUUUAAAAUGCUCCUGGGUUAACUAUGUAUGAGAAACUGCAAGUAAAGGAAAUUUUUGUAACAGUUUUGUUACUUGAGUCCAAGCAUUUCUAGCAUUUGCUCCCACUGUCUUUAUAAGAUGGAAUUCGUGUGUGUAUGUGUCAUCAGCACAUACUUUAGGUGGGACUGCUGACUUCUCAGUGCUCAAGGUCCAUCCUCUAGGAAUAGGCACAGGUUUUUCAUGAUGGUGUACAUGCAUCUGAAACUUUUAGCUUUCAUGUCUCUUUAAUUAAUUAAAACCACAAAACUCGAGUUCAAUCCAGUCCUAACACUUCAUAUGGUGGCUGUACAUUUUAGUCGAUUUCUCAAGCAGUGGUGAUUCCAUUAGAAAAGGAAUAUGCUGAUGUCAGUCUUGUUCCAACAGCACACCUUUCCCUGCCCCCAGCGCCUUUUUUAGCAUCAUGUGUCUACUUCUCAUAGAAUUAAAUGGACUUGGGUUAUAUAGUCUCUAAAUAUGUGAAUUGAUUUGUAGUGAUUUUUUGACCCCAAGUCUUUAUUGGCUUAGUUAUAGAAGCUUGUUUGGAAAACAAUAGCCUGCAUACAUGGAUCCUGAGACACAGUGUCCUACACUCAGUUUGGGAAAUCUUGGGUCUACUAUGUUAACAUCCAUGUUAAGUAUGACUCACCAGAGCACUCCUGCCAGUCCCAAGCUUUGUGAAUUCUGCAGAUAAAGCUGCCUGGAGACUGCAUCUCCCAGCAUGCCUUAGGAUGUGUGAGCUUUAACAAAGUAUGUUUAACAGUUGUCAUUAAACAGCAGGAGUCCAAAAGACCCACGGUGAUGAUGGCACUGGAAGUAGCACAGUAACACACUUGUUGGUGCUCUGCUCAUACUGCAUUUGCCUACCCUGAGAGGCACUGUUUUACUUAUCCUGUAAUUCACAGCCAUUUUUUCUUUUGUUCACCAACUGUUCUUUCAAGAAUAGUUUCUACCUAAAAGAACCAUUAGUAAACAAUUGAUUAUUAAAUGUAAGUAUAUCCAUCUAAGGGAAUAAAAGCAGUUUAAUAAUAAUAUAAAUUGGGUCUUGAAAAUAAGGUAAGAAAAUAAGGUAAUUUUGGAAGUUACAAGAAAACAGUACUACUAGAUAAGAUCUUUUCAGCCACCAAACUAGCACUAGGCUCAGGCGUUAACCUGAGUGUGCAUUGAAUACUAAGGGUGCUAGUCAGGAAGAAUUUGUCACUGAAUGUCCUUUGAGUUAGUGCAGAUUCAAGAUGGAGGUGAAAGCAGUUCAGAAUGCUAGUUCCAUAACUAAGCCACAUCUUCCUAGGGCAGUUCUCUGUAUGUUGCUCAUGCACAUGAAGAAACAAAUUAGUGAAUUUGCUCUUAAAAGUCCACUCAUAACAAGCAUGGGCAGAUGUGAUAGUUGAAGGAAACUUUAUUCCUCCUCGAGAACAAAAAAUUCAUUCUCUCCAACCUUAAUAUCUCAAAAUAAGACCUCUCUAAAGUAAGAGCUUUUAAACCAAGUGCUAAGGUACAUAUAUAUGUUUAUAGUCCUGACUACCACCUGAGGAUUACUGGAAGUUGAGUUCACCCUAGGAAUGUAAAAAGAUCUUACCUCAAAGAAAAAAGAAUGAAUGCCAACAAACAUGCAUUUUAAUGUCAUUUCACGUGGACCUUUUUGAUUACUUCUUUACUGUCUGAUUAUCUAUCUUUACAUGAUCUUUUGGAGUUAGAUUCUGUUUCCCAUUAAAGUCUCACAUUCAAAGGUUUGAGCAGUGUUAACAGAAAAUCAGGGUUUCACAGUAAGAAGGGAACUUGGGUAUGUCAGACAGGGAUGAUUUCAGAUAUGCACUUAAAAAUGUUUUUAUAUAUAAAAAAGUCAAAACGAGAGGCACCAUAUCCUAAACAAUGACCCCUCCAUAAUUCUGACUAAAAGACAACAAACUUCCAGAAAACAUUCAUAGUCAACAAUGUGUUUUACUAUACAUCUCAGAUUUAUACAUUUCAUAUAUGCUUUUAAAGCUUCAAUUAACAGAUCAAUACAAAAUAAAAUAUAUAUAUAUUUAUAUAUGUGCAGCAGUGGUUCUCAGGCACAGGAUUUAGGAGGAGGAUGGAGGAGUCUUUCCUUGGCAUGUACUGUCAACCAUGAUAGUGGAACGUGUCCUUCUGACUUAGCUGCCUUGAUUGAACUUUACUAUGGCAAACAGUUGAACAUGUAUGCCAUUGCUCAUUGGAAGGAUAAGAUUUGAAGUAAGUUCAUAGCCUGCAUGUUUUGAAGUCUUUAAGACUUAAAUGCUUGCUUUCCUCCUACGAGCUCCAAGAUCAUCCUAUGAAAAUAAUAUGUCCACAAACUGUCUGGAACGCCUGCCUAAGAACCACUGCCUAUGGUUAUUCAAUGUCCUCAGGCCUCACAGGAUGAGGUAAUGGGAUGAUGGACUUCUUCUCAGUGUCCCUGGAAAGUGCUUUCCUCAUAUCUGUUGGCAAACAAAGAUUAAUGUAAGCAACUAAUACCAAACUUUCUUAAACCAGAUUGAGUGUGUGGGUUAAGUUCCCAUCAUGUUUUGUGCCCUCCAUGUAAUCCUAAGUGGUAUGUAUGUACUUACAAGACUCCCACUGUAGUUACAACAGUUGCUUAUCAAAUCCCACCUAGAAGCCAACUAAUAUAAACGUUCUUUCUUAGAAAAAGAACACAUCUAUACCAUGAAAUGAUAAUUUAUAGAAAUUAACCACUGGCUGGUUAGUCUACAUUAACUAUUCCUAAAUUCAUAAAUGUAAUUCUUUUGAAUUUAUUAAAAUGAGUAUGUAGGCUUGUGGUGGGGAAAUAACUAUUUUGACUUUCUCUUGGAGUUACUGCCACAGAAGGAAGCUUACCGUAGGCAUCCUCAUCAGGCUCCCCAUUGCUGGCUGAGUAGUACUCUAUGACUGUCCUGUAGACACUGUAACCCAACUGCUUGUACAUGUUGACAGCAACUUGAUUGGAUACUCUAACGAAGAGAUCAACAAAAAAUCCACCUUUUCUUUAAAAAAAA